CUCCCUUCUGCGCCCGCGGCUCCCUCGCACCGCCCCCUCGGAGACCCACGCGCGACCCGCGCGCCAUGAGCUCGGGCCAGCGCGCCGGCGGCGACGCGCGGAAGGACGGCCCGGCGGGCGGCGGCGUGGGGCUUCCCGCGACGGCAGCCGGGGCCUGGGCGGUGAGCGCUGUGUGCCUGCUGCUCUCCGUGGGCUCUGCGGCCGCCUGCCUGCUGCUGGGCGCCCAGGCGGCCGCUCUGCAGGGCCGGGUGGCGGCGCUCGAGGAGGAGCGGGAGCUGCUGCGGCGCGCGGGGUCGCCGAGCGCCCUGGCCGCCUGGGCCGAGCCGCACCUGGAGCGCCUGCUGCGCGAGAAGUUGGAGGGACUGGCCAAGCACCGGACAGUUCGGGAAGCACCGAGCGCGUGUGUCUGCCCACCAGGCCCUCCUGGACGGCGCGGCAAGGCUGGAAGAAGAGGCGACCCCGGUCCUCCCGGGCAAUCAGGACGAGAUGGCUACCCGGGGCCGCUGGGUCUGGAUGGCAAGCCCGGACUUCCAGGCCCCAAAGGGGAAAAGGGCGCACCAGGAGAGCUUGGCCCUCGGGGAGACCAAGGGCGAGAUGGAGCUGCUGGGCCUCCGGGGCCCCCUGGACCCCCUGGAGCCUGGGGCCCUCCUGGCGACACGGGGAAAGAUGGCCCCAGGGGAGCACAAGGCCCAGCGGGUCCCAAAGGAGAGGCUGGACGUGACGGCGAGAUGGGCCUGAAGGGACUCCCAGGGCCCAAGGGUGAGCCCGGCAUUCCUGGAAAGAAGGGUGAUGACGGGAUUCCAAGCCAGCCAGGGCUCCCCGGACCCCCAGGCCCUAAGGGCGAGCCAGGGAACACGGGGCCUCCAGGAGAAAAUGGUGUGGACGGCGCCCCAGGGCCAAAGGGAGAGCCCGGCCAGCGAGGUGCGGAUGGAGUCUCAGGACUGCGGGGUCCCCAGGGCCUCAAGGGUGAGCAAGGAGACACUGUGGUUAUAGACUACGAUGGCAGGAUUCUGGACGCCCUCAAGGGUCCUCCCGGGCCACAGGGACCUCCAGGGCCCCCAGGGAUCCCUGGAGCCAAGGGUGAGCUGGGAUUGCCUGGUGCCCCAGGAAUCGACGGAGAGAAGGGUCCCAAAGGAGCCAAAGGAGACCCAGGAGAGGCUGGGCCAACCGGACCCAAAGGGGAGGCAGGCGAGAUGGGCCUGUCGGGCCUCCCGGGCACCGACGGGCCCAAGGGGGAGAAGGGAGAGUCGGCAUCUGACAGUCUACGGGAGAGCCUGGCCCAGAUCAUAGUGGCACCAGGGCCCCCCGGCCCCCCUGGUCCCCCAGGCCCCAUGGGCCUUCAGGGAAUCCAGGGUCCCAAGGGCUUGGACGGAGCAAAGGGAGAAAAGGGUGUGUCAGGUGACAGAGGCCCCAGCGGCCUGCCUGGGCCAGCUGGCCCGCCAGGUCUUAUUGGGCUGCCGGGAACCAAAGGAGAGAAGGGAAGACCCGGGGAGCCAGGACUAGAUGGGUUUCCUGGACCCCGAGGAGAGAAAGGUGACCGGAGCGAACGUGGAGAGAAGGGGGAGCGAGGUGUCCCAGGCCGGAAAGGCGUGAAGGGCCAGAAGGGUGAGCCGGGACCACCGGGCCUGGACCAGCCGUGUCCUGUGGGCCCCGAUGGACUGCCCGUGCCUGGCUGCUGGCAUAAGUGACCCCCCACCCAACUCACAACCUGUACAGAUGCGUGUGGACGUUUUAAUUUUUGUAAAAAAAAAAACACAGAAAAACAAAAAACAGUAAUAUAUUGAUCUUUUUCUCACGGGAGGCACGACAUGUGGCUCUCAUAACAUUCAAGAGGGCACCUGGCCCAGCCCCAAAACGAUCAGCCUUUGACGCUGGCAGGAAAGCAGACAGGCCAGUCCAGGGGAAUCACAUACUCGGGGGGCAGCCAUGGGACUUGGCUUCCCCAGGAAGGAGACGAAGGUGAAAGCGCCUGGCUCAAAAGAGGCUGCAAGAAUGCUGGUUUGGGCCCCCAGCCACCUGAUUAGCAGAGAGACUGCAUACCCCAACAACCCCAGAAGCUCUGGAGCCCUGGGGCCCACUCCAUCCAAAAAGGCCCAGGACUUGGACAGUAAAUGCAGUUGUCCCCACCUCUCUGGCCUCUGGCCUCAGCCCCAGCCAGCUGCCCACCCCUCGGGGGCCCUCUGGGGCCCAGGUUCCCCAGGCCAGGACAAGAUUCCUGCCCAGCUGGAUGCUGGGAGCUAUGGGGAGUGCCCCCAGCGGGUCACGCUCCCAAGCGAGUUCAUUAGGCCUUGGGAACCCAGCCUGCUGUGAGAACACAUGGCCUCCAGCCCGGAGGAGAGGCCAGCCUCUCCCAUCACGACCUGUGGACUCAGCUGCGAAGAAGCCUCUUGAUCCCCAUGAUCAAUGGCGGGUUCCAGAUGAGAGGGGCUGCUGCUUCCUAUGUCUCUCGAAGCAUCCAGAAGAGAGUCAUGAUGGGACUUUGCAAGCCCAAGGAGACUGGCCUGCGACUCAAGAGUUUAGGUCUCACUGGCCCCAACUCUCCACCUGAGAGGACUCUGGGCAGCCUGCCAGAACUGGUCUUUCGGAAGAGCCAUGCAGAUGAAGAGGGCCCGGUGCCCUGAGAAGAGGCCUCCCCACCUCAGACAAGGGUCCCCCAGCUGGCCACCUUCCGCUCAGAGGCUCACCUCCCUUCUCUGUAUAGAUGGAUAUCGCUGUGUGUAAUAAACCUCAGUGUGUGUC